ACGCACAAAUUUAUAGUUUUUAAUAGAAUUAAUUUAAAUUGCGCACAAAAUGUAUCAAAAUUUCGACGAACAUAACCGCCUGGUUAAUAAAUAUUUAAAAAUAUUCUUCGUUGUGGCUUUAUAUUGGUUUACCUCAAUAUUAACAGUGUUUGUGAAUAAACAUCUGCUAAGCAGCGACAGCGUCAAUUUAGGUGCACCACUCUUUAUGAGUUGGUUCCAGUGCGUCGUCUCCACAUUGAUAUGCUAUGGUAUGAGUCGCCUGAGCAAGAAGUACCCCAGCGUAUUUACCUUUCCCGAGGGUAAUCCGCUUGACAUAGACACUUUUCGCAAGCUGCUGCCGCUCUCAGUGCUCUACACAUUAAUGAUAGCGGCCAACAAUUUGUCGCUGACUUAUGUUUCCGUGGCUUUCUACUACAUUGGACGCUCCUUAACCACUGUGUUUAGUGUGCUCCUAACUUAUAUUAUACUGCGCCAACGCACUAGCUUCAAGAGCAUGCUCUGCUGUGCAGUCAUUGUGGUGGGCUUUUGGCUGGGCGUGGAUCAGGAGAGCUUAACUACCGCCUUCUCCUGGCGUGGAACUAUAUUCGGCGUGCUCAGUUCUUUGGCUUUGGCCAUGUACUCCAUACAAACUAAAAAGUCGCUGGCUCAUGUUAACCAAGAAGUCUGGCUGCUCAGCUACUACAACAAUCUGUACUCCAUUGUGCUAUUCCUGCCGCUUAUUUUGCUCAAUGGUGAGCUGAAGACUGUUAUAAACUAUCAACAUUUGGGUGCCAUGUGGUUUUGGGCCGCCCUGACACUGAGCGGCUUUUGUGGCUUUGCCAUUGGCUUUGUUACUGCGCUGCAGAUAAAGGUUACUUCACCGUUGACGCACAAUAUUUCCGGCACCGCCAAGGCCUGCGCUCAGACUGUUAUUGCCACGCAGUAUUAUAAUGAUGUGCGUUCGUCCAUAUGGUGGACUUCUAAUGUGGUUGUGCUGCUAGCCAGUGCCGCCUACACGCGUGUGAAGCAGCUGGAAAUGCUGCAGCACCAUCAACAGCGCAACGCUGCCACCCAAAAGGCCUGAAUACAAAUUU